AUGUCUUACGGCGGUGGUGGUUACUCCCGUGGCGGUGAUUCCUACCGUUCCCGCAACGACAACGGCUACUCCAACGGCGGUGGCUAUGGUGGUGGCGGCUACGGUGGUGGCUACGGAGGUGGUUACGGCGGCGGUGGUUACGGUGGCAGUUACGGCGGAGGUGGUGACCGCAUGUCCAACCUCGGCCAGGGUUUGAAGCAACAGGAUUGGGAUCUGAGCUCCCUGCCCAAGUUCGAGAAGUCUUUCUACAAGGAGCACCAGGAUGUUACCAACCGCUCCGAGGAGGAAGUUCAGGAAUUCCGCAAGAAGAACCAGAUGGCUGUUCAGGGUACCAACGUUCCCCGCCCCGUCGAGACCUUCGACGAGGCUGGCUUCCCUCAGUACGUUCUGGGUGAGGUGAAGGCUCAGGGUUUCGACAAGCCUACCUCCAUCCAGUCUCAGGGCUGGCCCAUGGCCCUCUCUGGUCGCGACGUUGUCGGUAUUGCUGAAACUGGUUCCGGAAAGACUCUGACCUACUGUUUGCCCGCUAUUGUCCACAUCAACGCUCAGCCCCUGCUUGCCCCUGGCGAUGGUCCCAUCGUUCUUGUCCUGGCUCCCACUCGUGAGCUGGCUGUCCAGAUUCAGACUGAGAUCACCAAAUUCGGCAAGAGCUCCCGCAUUCGCAACACCUGCGUCUACGGUGGUGUUCCCAAGGGUCCCCAGAUCCGUGACCUGUCCCGCGGUGUUGAGGUCUGCAUUGCUACCCCUGGUCGUCUUAUUGAUAUGCUCGAGGCUGGCCGCACCAACCUGCGCCGUGUUACUUACCUGGUUCUGGAUGAGGCUGAUCGCAUGCUGGACAUGGGUUUCGAGCCCCAGAUUCGCAAGAUCAUUGGCCAAAUUCGCCCCGAUCGUCAAACUUGCAUGUGGUCCGCUACCUGGCCCAAGGAGGUCCGUCAGCUUGCCAAGGACUUCCUUAACGACUACAUUCAGGUCAACAUUGGUUCCAUGGAUUUGUCCGCCAACCACCGCAUCACCCAGAUCGUUGAGGUUGUGUCCGACUUCGAGAAGCGUGACCGCAUGAUCAAGCACAUGGAGAAGAUUAUGGAGGACCGCUCAAACAAGAUUCUUAUCUUCACUGGUACCAAGCGUAUUGCCGACGAGAUUACUCGCUUCCUUCGCCAAGACGGAUGGCCCGCGCUCUCUAUCCAUGGUGACAAGCAGCAGCAGGAGCGUGACUGGGUCCUGAAUGAAUUCAAGCAGGGCAAGAGCCCCAUCAUGGUGGCCACUGAUGUGGCUUCCCGUGGUAUCGAUGUUCGUGACAUUACUCAUGUGCUGAACUAUGACUAUCCCAACAACUCGGAGGACUACGUCCACCGCAUCGGCCGUACUGGUCGUGCCGGUGCCAAGGGUACCGCCAUUACCUUCUUCACCACUGACAACUCCAAGCAGGCCCGUGACCUCGUCACCAUCCUUACUGAGGCCAAGCAGCAGAUCGAUCCCCGUCUUGCCGAGAUGGUUCGCUACAGCGGCGGCGGCGGCGGUGGUGGUGGCCGCUGGGGUGGCGGUCGUGGUCGUGGCCGCGGUGGCUGGGGUGGCCGUGGACGCGGCGGUGGUGUGACCGGUUCGAACAACAGCUCUCUGGGUAACAACCGCCGCUGGUAA